GAUCCUGGUGGAGGGAUUGAGAUGUCAGAGUUCAUACGAGAAGCAACUCCCCCUGUUGGCUGUAGUUCACGAAAUUCUUAUGCUGGGAUAGAUCCAAACAACCAGGUUGGAUCUGGGUUAUCUCGUCUGGGAACAGCAGCAACCAUCAAAGGAGAUACUGACACUGCCAAGACCUCUGAUGAUAUCAGUUUAAGUCUUGGCCAGAGUUCUAGCCUAUGUAAAGAAGGAAGUGAAGAACAAGAUUUGGCAGCGGAUCGGAAGCUUUUUCGUCUGGUGUCGAAUGACUCGUUUGUUUCCAUCCAACCUUCAUUAUCCUCUGGACAGGAUUUGCCAAGAGACAGCAGUGACAAAGUGUGCCUCUCGAACAACCAGCUUGUGGACCAGUCUAAAGCCAGUACAUGUGACACAGAAGUAGCUUCGCUUGUAACUCUACAUUCUCACUCCUAUAGGAAGGAUCAUAGACCACGAGGUGUACCAAGGACUUCUAGCUCUGCUGUCGCUUUUCCAGAUGCUUCACUAAAUGACUUCCCUCUCUAUCAGCAAAAACGAGGACUAGAUCCUGUCAGUGAGUUAGAAGCUUCCAAGCCCCCUUCUGGAUCAAGAGAGUCCUUGGCUGAGAACUCUUGCAUUUCGGGAGUCUUUCAAUUAGAUGACAUUCUGAAAAGUAGCAGCCCUCAACCGCUGGCUAAGAGUGGGAAGAGCAAAUCCUUGAAAGCAGACAAAAGUGUGGACAGUCUGAGAAGCCUGAGUACUAGAAGCAGUGGUUCAACAGAAAGCUACUGCAGUGGGACCGAUCGUGACACUAACAGUACCAUCAGUAGCUAUAAAAGUGAACAUACUAGCUCAACACAUAUAGAAAGUGUGUUGUCAGAGCAUGAGGAGGAGUCUCCUAGAGAAGAAAAAAAGGAUGGUAAGAAAAAGGACUGUGGUCUUGACUCGGAUGACAGUAGUUCUACUACUGACAAAAGGACUAGUAGCGAAAGGACUGCUGUGGAAGUGAGCGCUAUCAGUGGUGUUCAAGAGGUAAAGGGUUCUAAUGCAUCUGAUGAGAUGCACAGUCAGAAAGGUCUUGGUGCCUCUGCUUCAGAGGAGGCUAAUAAGAACCCACAUGCCAAUGAACUGACUACACAAGCUGAUAGGCCACCUGGGAAGUCUGCUGAACAAAGAGAUGAGCAGAGUGAGAAACUAGCUGUGUUAGUGGAUUCAAGAGCUUCUAAAGAAAUGAGUGGAAAACAAAAAGAGGGAGAUGUUCGACCAAAAUCAUCUAGUUUAAUACAUCGAACAGCCUCUACCCACAAGUCCAGCCGGAGAAGGACAGGAAAAAAGCGGGCUAGUAGCUUUGAUUCAAGUCGGCACAGGGAAUAUGUCUCUUUCCGAGGUGUAUCUGGUACUAAACCUCACAGUGCUGUGUUUUGUCACGAUGAGGACUCCAGUGAUCAAAGUGACUUAAGCAGGACUUCAAGUAUGCAGUCAGCUCACCAGUUCAGCAGUGAUAGCUCUUCCAGCACCACCUCCCAUUCAUGCCAGUCUCCUGAGGGAAAGUACAGUGCUCUAAAGACCAAAUACAUUUCUAAAGAACGUGGGGGUACAGAGCCUGAAAAUGCUCACAAAACCCAUGUAAGCUCUGAAGGAAUUAGCAAAAAACGGUCUACACGUCGGACUUCUAGCACAAACAGUGCCAAGAACCGUGCCAGAGUAUUAAGCCUGGACAGUGGUACUGUAGCUUGUUUAAAUGACCCAAAUAGUUUAAUGGCACCAGGUAACAUAAAACAGUUAACCACUUCAAAAUCUGAUUUGGAAGCCAAAGAAGGAGAGGUGCUAGAUGAGCUAUCUCUGUUGGGAAGGGCUUCACACUUAGAGUCAGUCACUCGUUCUAGGAAUAGUUUACCAAGCCAGGCUACGUUUCCUGAAGGGGAAGAGCAAGAAUCAGCAAGUGGAGGUAAGUUCAGUUCUACGCUCUACGAGACAGGGGGCUGCGACAUGUCACUUGUGAACUUUGAGCCAGCUGCAAGAAGAGCAUCCAACAUCUGUGACACGGACUCUCACGUAUCGAGUUCUACCUCAGUUCGCUUUUAUCCACAUGAUCUACUUUCUCUUCCUCAGAUCAGGUUGAACAGGCUGCUAACCAUGGACACAGAUCUACUGGAGCAGCAAGAUAUUGACCUGAGCCCUGAUCUUCAGGACCACAUGCAACCUCAAGAGGAAGCAGCUCAAAAAGUCAAGCAGUACUAUCGCUUUUGGAUUCUGCCUAAGCUUUGGAUUAGCAUCAAUUUUGAUAGAUUAACUCUUCUGGCUUUAUUUGAUAGGAAUCGUGAGAUCCUUGAAAACGUGUUAGCUGUCAUCCUAGCUAUUCUAGUUGCAUUUCUGGGCUCUGUACUUCUUAUAGAGGGCUUUUUCAAGGAUAUUUGGGUCUUCCAGUUCUGCCUGGUAAUAGCCAGUUGUCAGUACUCACUGUUGAAGAGCGUUCAGCCAGAUUCUUCUUCCCCUCGACAUGGUCAUAAUCGUAUCAUAGCCUAUAGUAGGCCUGUAUAUUUCUGUUUAUGCUGUGGUCUUAUUUGGCUGUUGGAUUAUGGCAGCAGAAACAUAUCUACAACAAGAUUCAGGUUGUAUGGAAUGGCUUUCACCAACCCAUUGCUGCUGCUGUCAGCCAGGGACUUAGUUAUAGUGUUUACACUAUGUUUCCCCAUAGUAUUCUUCAUUGGUCUCCUGCCUCAGGUGAAUACAUUUGUGAUGUAUCUCUGUGAACAGCUGGAUAUUCAUGUCUUCGGUGGCAAUGCUACCACAAGCCUGCUUGCAGCACUUUACAGUUUUAUCUGUAGUAUUGUGGCAGUAGCGUUGUUGUAUGGGCUGUGCUAUGGUGCCCUGAAGGAUUCUUGGGAUGGGCAGCAUAUUCCAGUUCUCUUCUCCAUAUUUUGUGGUUUGCUAGUGGCAAUAUCAUAUCAUCUCAGCAGACAAAGUAGUGACCCUUCUGUACUUUUCUCUUUAGUGCAAUCAAAAUUUUUUCCUAAUUCUGAAGACAAAAACCCUGAGGAUCCUCUGUCUGAAGUAAAAGAUCCUUUACCUGAAAAGCUUAGAAAUUCUGUGAGUGAACGAUUACAGUCUGACCUGAUUGUGUGUAUAGUCAUUGGUGUACUCUAUUUUGCAAUUCACGUCAGUACAGUAUUUACAGUUUUACAGCCUAUUUUAAGUUAUGUUCUCUAUGCAUUGGUGGGUACGGUAGGCUUUGUGACCCAUUAUGUUCUGCCUCAACUCCGGAAGCAACUUCCUUGGCAUUGCUUUUCUCACCCACUGCUGAAAACCAAGGAAUACUAUCAGUUUGAAGUCCGAAGUGCUGCACAUGUUAUGUGGUUCGAGAAACUUCACAUUUGGCUCCUUUUCAUAGAGAAGAAUAUUAUCUAUCCACUGAUUGUCCUCAAUGAGCUUAGUAGCAGCGCUAAGAAUAUUGCUAGUCCAAAGAAACUGGAUACUGAGUUGGGUGCUUUAAUGAUCACAAUAGCUGGCUUGAAGUUACUGCGUUCAUCAUUCAGUAGCCCAACGUGCCAGUAUGUCACUGUUAUUUUCACAGUGCUCUUCUUUACUUUUGAUUACAAAAGUUUUACUGAGACCAUGCUGCUAGAUCUCUUCUUCAUGUCCAUACUCUUCAGCAAGCUUUGGGAACUCUUUUAUAAAUUGAGAUUUGUAUAUACCUACAUUGCUCCCUGGCAGAUCACAUGGGGAUCUGCCUUCCAUGCUUUUGCCCAGCCCUUUGCUGUGCCACAUUCUGCAAUGUUGUUUGUCCAAGCAGCUGUGUCAGCUUUCUUCUCUACUCCACUGAAUCCUUUUCUGGGAAGUGCAAUAUUCAUCACUUCAUAUGCCAGGCCUGUCAAAUUCUGGGAAAGAGACUACAAUACAAAGCGUGUGGAUCACUCAAAUACAAGACUGGCUUCACAGCUUGAUCGAAAUCCAGGUUCAGAUGAUAACAACCUGAAUUCAAUCUUCUAUGAACAUUUAACCCGUUCCCUUCAGCACAGUCUGUGUGGAGACUUGUUGUUGGGUCGGUGGGGAAACUAUAGUACUGGGGACUGCUUCAUCCUAGCCUCUGACUACCUCAAUGCACUAGUACACCUUAUAGAGAUAGGAAAUGGCUUGGUCACCUUCCAGCUGAGGGGGCUUGAAUUCAGAGGAACUUAUUGCCAGCAACGAGAAGUAGAGGCCAUCACUGAAGGUGUAGAGGAAGAUGAAGGCUUUUGUUGCUGUGAACCAGGCCACCUCCCUCACAUGCUUUCCUUCAAUGCUGCCUUUGGGCAGCGUUGGCUGGCUUGGGAAGUGCUUGUGACAAAGUAUGUUCUGGAGGGUUACAGCAUCACAGACAACAGUGCAGCUUCCAUGCUUCAAGUCUUUGAUCUCCGUAAAAUUCUCACCACUUACUAUGUGAAGGGAAUCAUCUAUUAUGUCACAACAUCCCCCAAGCUAGAGGAAUGGUUAGCUAAUGAGACAAUGCAGGAAGGACUGCGGCUGUGCACAGACCGCAAUUAUGUUGAUGUAGAUCCAACAUUUAACCCCAAUAUUGAUGAGGAUUAUGACCACCGUCUAGCAGGGAUCUCAAGAGAGAGUUUCUGUAUGAUAUAUUUGAACUGGAUAGAAUAUUGUUGCUCUCGAAGAGAAAAGCCACUGGAUGCAAGUAAAGACUCUCCCCUGGUGACACUGUGUUAUGGACUGUGUGUUCUGGGGCGGAGAGCAUUGGGAACAGCUUCACAUCAUAUGUCAAGUAAUCUGGAAUCCUUCCUGUAUGGCCUGCAUGCCCUGUUUAAGGGCGACUUCCGUAUAUCUUCAAUUAGAGACGAAUGGAUCUUUGCUGACAUGGAAUUGCUGAGGAAAGUAGUGGUUCCUGGAAUACGGAUGUCACUUAAACUGCAUCAGGAUCACUUCACUUCUCCAGAUGAAUAUGAUGAUCCUUCUGUCCUCUAUGAAGCCAUAACAACCCAUGAAGAAAAUCUAGUUAUAGCACAUGAAGGGGAUCCUGCUUGGCGGAGUGCAGUUCUUUCCAAUUCUCCCUCCCUCCUUGCUCUGCGUCACGUUAUGGACGAUGGCACCAACGAGUACAAAAUCAUUAUGCUGAAUAAGCGUUAUCUCAGUUUCAGGGUCAUCAAGGUGAAUAAGGAGUGUGUGCGUGGCCUGUGGGCAGGACAACAGCAGGAACUUGUCUUCCUGCGUAAUCGUAAUCCAGAGAGAGGAAGUAUCCAAAAUGCAAAACAAGCUCUGAGGAACAUGAUCAACUCCUCCUGUGACCAGCCAAUUGGAUACCCAAUCUACGUCUCACCUUUGACUACUUCCUAUUCAGAUAGUCAUGAACAGCUGAAGGAGAUUCUUGGGGGAGCUAUCAGCUUAGGAAACAUCAGAAACUUCAUAGUGUCUACAUGGCACAGACUAAGGAAAGGCUGUGGAGCUGGCUGCAAUAGUGGUGGAAAUAUUGAAGAUUCAGAUGCUGGAGGUGGAGCUUCUUGCACAAGUAACAAUGCAACUAUCAAUGAGUCUCAGAGCAGCAUGUCACAAGGAGGAGGGAAUGCAACUACAGGGCAGGGACCUGGAGCAGUACAGCACCCUCCUGUUGCAGCUCAUCCAACUACUCUUCCUGCAGCUCAUCCACCAACUCAUCCCUCCACUCUGGGCACCAGUCACAGCUCUCACUCUGUGCAGUCGAGCCUUGUCAGACAUUCCCCUGCCCGUGCCUCAGUAGCUAGCCAUUCAUCUUAUUGCUACGGCAGUCGUCAUUCAUCUCUUCGCACAUCCACAACGGGCUUUGUGCCUUGUCGGCGCUCUUCCACCAGUCAGAUAUCCCUUCGUAACCUUCCAUCAUCCAUCCAGUCCCGCCUGUCUAUGGUGAACCAAAUGGAACCUACUGGCCAGACUGGGGUCAGCGCGCAGCAUGGACUGCCCUCUUCUAGCAGCUCCAGCCAAAGCAUCCCAGCCUGUAAACAGCAUGCCCUUGUGGGCUUUCUAGGGACAGAAGGAGGGAGUAAUGCAACUGAAACUCAGUCAGGUGGCAAUGCAAGCCCUGCAAAUCAAAUGCAAGCCAAAAAGGAUGACGUUAUUUACAGAAUCCAGUUAAUGGAUCCCAGUCAAGUACUGGAAGGGAUCAACGUGUCAAAAAGGAAAGAGCUGCAGUGGCCAGAUGAGGUGAUACGGCUAAAAGCUGGAAGAAACAGCUGGAAAGACUGGAGUCCUCAGGAAGGCAUGGAAGGCCAUGUGAUUCACCGCUGGGUGCCUUGCAGCAGAGAUCCAAGUAGUCGGUCCCAUAUAGAUAAAACCAUCCUGCUGGUUCAAAUUGAAGAUAAAUAUGUUGCUGUUGUUGAAACUGGAGUCCUUGAACUUGGGGCUGAAGUGUAAAUCUCUUUGAGACUGAAACUUCCCCUUCUCCAACGGUUCAGAAGAGAGAAGGGUCCAGAAGAAGCAGCUCCCAGGACAUGAAACUUCGGUCCAGUUGUAGGAAAGGACUUGAAACACAGAUUUAAGUUCCUUUCCCCAAAUAAACAAGUGUAAGACUUUUUUUUUUUUUAAGUUGUUAGCUGCUGAAGAAACAUUGCAUGAAGGAUAGAUUUGUUGAGACAUAUCUUUUUGUUUAUAAAUUUUGUUUAUGCAUUGCGUAAUGCUUUAAAUCAACAAACUUUUCAGUUCUAAGAUCAGAGCACCUCAUAUUUUUCUAAUUGUUUUGCCAAAAAUUGCCAUGUCUUGUCACAAGAGUGUGUGGAGUUCAUCCACCUUAUUUUAAAGAAAUUGACUACAAACCUUCAGUUUGGUGAAACAGUGUAAGGAUUUCAGGUGUGGCAAGAAGAGACUGAACAGAUGUAUAGAUUCUUAUUCCUUAUGAGCUAAACAUUAAUGAGAACUGCACUAAUUUUUUUACAGCAAUGCACUAAAAACAACCCUGAGAUUGCUGAGAACAUUUAUUUAUAUAUAUAAAUAUAAGUAUAUAAAAUA